CUCUACUCUAUACACUCAGUUACCAACGGUCAAGUGACGUCACGAUAAUUUCUCUCUCAGAAAAAAAAUAAUUUGUACACAAAAUAGAUAUUUUCUCAAUUUUUUAUAAAUAAUUUCCUGUGACAUUAAUUAUUUAAAUAAUUGACAAUUGUGUAUAAUAGCGAAUUAUACCUGAAUAUUAUGAUUCAAAUUCUUAUAGUGAACGAUUUGACAUAACCGCCAAAAAUCUAACCUAAAAAAACAAAUUUGUGACCUACGUUUACAAGUAAAGUAGUUUUUUGUUUGAAAAGAAAAUUAUCAUUUUGUGCUAAAUGUGACGACAACGGAAGAAUAAGAAACAACAGGAGAAUAUUUUAAAGAAAAAUAUUUAAUUUAAGUGAAAAGGAUAUUUUUUAAAAAAAAGUAAAAAUGGAUCAAAUGUUACCGAGUCCAGGGUUUAGUAUACCAAGUAUUGGUACACCUUUACAUCAACCUGAGGAAGAUCAACAAAUUCUUCCAAAUGCACUUCAACAACAACAACAGCAGCAACAACAACCUCAACAAUAUCAAUUGCAACAAUUACAUUCAAUGAGUCCAAACUUACAAAGCGGAAUGUUGAUGCUAACACCUCAAAAACAAAUUCACACUUAUGCACCAACUCCGUCUUUUGCAACACCACAGAGUCUUAUGCAGCCACAGACUCCGCAAAAUAUGAUGUCUCCUAUUGUGCAAUCAACAAAUCAAAUGGCACCAGCCUCUAUAGGACCCUCUACCCCUGGACCAAUGACUCCAAUGACUCCCGCUUCCGCGGAUCCAGGAAUUCUUCCACAAUUUCAAAAUAUUGUAUCGACAGUUAAUUUAAAUUGUAAAUUAGACUUAAAGAAAAUAGCGCUUCACGCGAGGAACGCUGAAUAUAAUCCAAAACGAUUUGCCGCUGUGAUUAUGAGAAUACGAGAACCAAGGACAACCGCUUUAAUAUUUAGUAGCGGAAAAAUGGUUUGUACUGGUGCAAAAAGCGAAGAAGAUUCACGACUAGCAGCUAGAAAGUAUGCUCGGAUCAUUCAAAAAUUAGGAUUUCCGGCCAAAUUUCUCGACUUUAAAAUUCAGAAUAUGGUCGGAAGUUGUGACGUUAAAUUCCCUAUUAGAUUGGAGGGAUUAGUCUUAACUCACGGACAGUUCUCGUCAUAUGAACCAGAAUUAUUUCCAGGUUUAAUUUAUCGAAUGGUUAAACCUCGCAUUGUUCUUCUUAUUUUUGUCUCUGGAAAAGUUGUACUAACAGGUGCAAAAGUGAGGCAAGAAAUUUACGAAGCUUUUGACAAUAUUUAUCCUAUUCUUAAAAGCUUUAAAAAACAGUAACGAAAAUAUUAUUCACUCGUUCUUAAAUGUGAUUUCUCAAGAUUCCAUUUUAUUUUUAUUUUUUUUUUUGUAUUUCAUUCGGAAAAUUAUUUCUGAUUUUCAAUAAUCGAAAAGGACAUUAUUUCGAGAUUAUCAUUUAUAAUUAUUAUAAAUGAUAUUUAGACAACAAAAAAAUACUAUUUAUUAGACAAUGUUUAUUUAAUCAAUUUAAAAAUCACUGAAAGUUGAAAUUAUCGCAUCUUUUGGAUUGUUUGUCGCUCGACUGGAAAAGUAAGUUUU